AAUAAAAUUGAAAUAAUCCACAUAAAAACAACUUUACAAAUAUGAAGAAUGGACGAUAAUGGGAAACAGGCUUCGUCCUAUCAGUUGGACCAGGAAAUUCUGGAUGCCCGAGGCAUCAACAUGACGGUUGAUGAAGUAGCCGGGCUGACCACUGUCAAGUAUGCGGAGAGAGUACAGCAGCUGCACCUUACGGAGGAUGACCUUGCCUUCCUGAAAGGAUUGAGAAGAAGGAUUAAGAAUCGGCUUGCAUCGCAAAACAGCCGCCGCCGCAGUAUGGAGCAUCUCCGUCGCCUUGCGCGUGAGUUGCGCGCGCUGCGAGCGUGCCGCGACGACGCCACCGCCGAGCGGCGAUCCCUGACGCUUCAGAGAGACGCGUUGAGGGACACAUGCACCGCUUUGAGGCAGUACAUUGCACAGUCGCUCGAAGAACGCUGUGACACCACAGAAAUACCAUCACUAGACCUCGCUCGAAUCACAGAAUCUCCGACAAAAGAGAAUCCAAAAAAGACAGAGACACCAGUUCUAUCAGAUUGCCUUACCAACAAGUUAGACAGGGACAAACAUAUGUUCGAGUGUCGCAUCGACAGAAUCGUACAAAACUCCGUUAAUCACAUCUACAGGAGUGAGAGAGACAAGAAGAUAUUCGCCAAGACCGUCUUCAUAAGUGAACGAACGAAUGAACGAAAUUCAAAUGUCAAAGUCAUAGAGAGUAAAACGGUUAUACAGAGUAUAAAUUCUACAAAUGUGAAUAACGAGAAGUGUAUGGGAAUGAAUGGCAAUGAUGAAGUUUUGAAUUUGUCAGUCAACAAGAGAAAGAGUCAUGGGAGGAAGCAGUCAGCUCCAAGGAGGAUUGCUUACGCUUGCAUGGAGAGUGAUGAUGGUGUAUUGGAUCUGAAAGUGAAGACAGAGCCUCAGUGACAUCAGCGAAGACAGCUCACGACUUAGGCCUUGAAGCCUGUGGUAGCGGUUUUAUGGUUUACUUGGGCCCGGAAUAACGUCAGUCGUGGCUUAAAAUUACGUAAAUUAUGGCCCAAAGUGAAGUUUAAUUAUGGCCCAAAGUCAAGUUAAUUAUGCCCCGCAGUCAAGUUAUUUAUGGCCCAAAGUCAAGACAUCGUUAUUUGUUAUACAAGGCUGCAAAGUUGUUGUUUGACGCGAGUACUUGUAUUAAAUCCUGAACAUAGCGAGGGAUUUAAGCCACGAGACGCAAAACAACUUAGCUGCCGAGUGAAACUCACAACUUCACCACACUUUAGCGAGGAAAAUGGAAAAGGAAAAAGGAAAAACCGGUGAACUAUAACAAAUCAGUUUUAAUAAACAAAAUUAGUUAUCGUUGUCAAUUUAAUGUCAACAAUAAUAAGAAUAAACUAUGCCUGCGUAUUUAUAUUACAUAAAUAAUGUGGGACAAAUCGCGUAGUUCAACGUGUCAUGUUUUUUGUCAUCUAAAGAAAAAGUUAGGUGCACCACAGGCCAUCGUCGAGUUCGAAUCUAACUAUUCGAAUCUAAUUCCACGUUAGCAUGGAAAAACCUUUUCCAUGCUAACGUGGAAAAAACGCUUUUGCGCGCAAAUUUUUAAUGAGAAAGAAAGCCUUUCCGUGCAAAAGUAUUUUGCGAUCUGAAACGUUAUACACGAGGUGAACUUAGUCUCGGCCCAAAAAAAUCUGCGCUAGAAAAUACGUAAAUUGUGACCAGAAAUUAGUAGAGACUGCUACCGCACGCUGAAUGUCUUUAUAUAAGUGUUGUAACUCUAGGGUGGUAUUUUAUCACUGUACGAUGUUUUUGUAAUGGUUUUGUUUUAAAUACUUCAAAAUCUAUAUACAGUGCUUCUAUUUUCUCAAUAUCUCUCGGCAAU